AGACUCUCUUUUUCUAUCUGGCCGCAGUGGUCGUGGCGGUGCAGGUAUGGCAUGUUGUGGAGUAGCGGUGAUGGAAAGUUUACACACCUCGAGUCUUUCAGUAUCGUGUCCCCAAGCUUGCCACGCACAAAACGAUUCAACAGAGCGAUGUCGGAGAAAUGA